GGCGGAGAGUGCUGCUCUGUCGUUAACGCCAUUCGUCGCCGCGCCCGUUUCAUGCCAGCUUUGGGGCGGAAAGCUCCCGUCGUAUUCAUGAGGCGGGCCCGCUGCUCGGUCGUAGAUUUUGAUUGGAGUCGUUUCUCUCUGAGGCAUGACCAAGAGCCGUCUUCUCGUACCCGGUUGGUCUCCUGGCAGGAAGCCCUUCUCCGGGGGCUGAAGCCGUCGCGGUGCCCUCACUGCUCUCCGUCUGUUUUAUUCUCAGUGUGUGCGGCUUCACUGAGAGAGCGGUGCAAUGAUAAAAGCCGCAUAUGCGGUAGCCUAUACACCUAUCAGGCAGGAAAAUACCUAAGAAACAGCCUCAACCCGGUUCUCCUCGCACCACAGCCUUAUCCACGACUCAGAGCGGAACCUGAAGUGCCAGUAGUACCAUGUCCAGGCCAACGGGGGGUGGCGCCAACGAUGUCACCCGCUUCCUGUCGUCGGGGGCAGCCCCGGGGUCUCCCACCUCCAACUCCAUGUUCUCCGCCGCCAGCCAGGCCGACUGGGCGGCCAAGAGGCUGGUGUGGGUGCCAUCAGAGAAGCAUGGCUUUGAGUCGGCCAGUAUUCGGGAGGAGCGGGGCGAUGAGGUAGAGGUCGAGCUUACAGACAGCCAGCGGAAGUUGACUCUGUCCAGGGAGGAGGUGCAGCGGAUGAACCCUCCUCGCUUCAGUAAAGUGGAGGACAUGGCCGAUCUCACCUGCCUCAACGAAGCCUCGGUGCUGCACAACCUGAGAGAGAGAUACUACUCGGGUUUGAUCUAUACAUAUUCAGGAUUGUUCUGCGUGGUGGUGAACCCUUACAAGAACCUGCCCAUCUACACAGAAUCCAUCGUGGAGAUGUACCGAGGCAAAAAACGUCACGAGAUGCCCCCGCACAUCUAUGCCAUAUCAGAGGCUGCCUAUCGCAGCAUGCUACAAGACAGAGAAGAUCAGUCAAUCCUCUGCACAGGCGAGUCUGGAGCUGGGAAAACAGAAAACACUAAGAAAGUCAUCCAGUAUUUGGCUCACGUCGCCUCCUCCCAUAAGAGUGGCACUCUGGGUAGGAGCAAGGAAGCUGUGCAGAUGGAUGGCUCUAGGUCCUUAACAAGAGGCAGUACUCUGGUGAACAGGGGCGAGCUGGAGAGACAGCUGCUGCAGGCCAACCCCAUCCUGGAGGCCUUCGGCAAUGCAAAGACUGUCAAGAACGACAACUCAUCUAGAUUUGGUAAAUUCAUCCGCAUUAAUUUCGAUGUGGCGGGGUACAUCGUUGGUGCCAACAUUGAGACCUACCUCCUUGAAAAGUCUCGGGCCACCCGUCAGGCCAAAGAUGAGAGGACGUUCCACAUCUUUUACCAGUUGUUGUGUGGAGCUUCAGAGGAAACGAGAGCGGACCUGCUCUUAGGAACUGCUGACGAAUACCGCUUUCUCAGUGGUGGCUCCAUCCCUGUUCCUGGUCAGAGCGAUUCAGAGAACUUCACCCAGACCAUGGACUCUAUGGCCAUAAUGGGCUUCACCCCAGAAGAGUUGUUGUCCAUGCUGAAGGUGAUCUCCUCCGUGCUCCAGUUUGGGAACAUUUCCUUCAUGAAGGAGAAGAACCAGGAUCAGGCCUCCAUGCCUGAUAACACAGCUGCUCAGAAACUGUGCCAUCUGCUGGGCAUCAAUGUACUGGAGUUCACUCGGGCCAUCCUCACUCCCAGGAUCAAAGUGGGGCGAGAGUAUGUGCAGAAGGCCCAGACUAAAGAACAGGCUGAUUUUGCUGUGGAGGCCCUGGCGAAGGCCACAUAUGAGCGUCUGUUCAGAUGGUUGGUGCACAGGAUCAACAGAGCUCUGGACCGCAGACAGAGACAGGGAGCCUCCUUCAUAGGGAUCCUUGAUAUUGCUGGAUUUGAAAUCUUCCAGCUAAACUCCUUUGAACAGCUGUGCAUCAACUACACCAACGAGAAGCUGCAGCAGCUCUUCAACCACACCAUGUUCAUCCUGGAGCAGGAGGAGUACCAGCGGGAGGGCAUUGAGUGGAACUUCAUCGACUUUGGCCUGGACUUGCAGCCCUGCAUUGACCUCAUUGAGAGACCGGCUCACCCACCUGGUGUUCUGGCCCUGCUGGAUGAAGAGUGCUGGUUCCCCCGGGCGACAGACCGCUCAUUUGUGGAGAAGCUGUCUACUGAGCAAUGCAGCCAUCCAAAAUUCUUCAAAUCAAAGCAGCCACGUGGGGAAGCUGACUUCUCCAUCAUUCACUAUGCUGGAAAGGUGGACUAUAAGGCCGAUGAUUGGUUGGUGAAGAACAUGGAUCCUCUGAAUGACAACGUGGCGUCUCUUCUCCACCAGUCAUCGGAUCAUUUUGUCUCAGAGCUCUGGAAGGAGGAUAUUCAAACUCUUCCUCGUGUGUACUUCUUUGACUCCUAUGCCACACUACAGGCUAAUGGCUCCGACAUGGACAGGAUCGUGGGUCUGGACCAGGUGUCGUCGGGAGAGAACAGCGGCCCAGUCACAUUCGGAGCAGCAGGACUGAAGACGAAGAAGGGAAUGUUCAGGACUGUUGGUCAGCUUUACAAAGAGUCUCUUACCAAGCUGAUGGCCACGCUGAGAAACACCAACCCCAACUUCCUCCGCUGCAUCAUUCCCAACCACGAGAAGAGGGCCGGUAAGCUGUCUCCCCACUUGGUUUUGGACCAGCUGAGGUGUAAUGGAGUUCUGGAGGGGAUCCGUAUCUGCAGACAGGGCUUCCCUAACCGCAUCCCAUUCCAGGAGUUCAGACAGAGAUAUGAGAUCCUGACUCCUAAUGCUAUCCCUCGCACCUUCAUGGAUGGCAAACAGGCAUCAGAACUCAUGAUCAGUGCUUUGGAGCUGGAUCACAACCUGUUCAGGGUGGGUCAGAGUAAAGUCUUCUUCAGAGCUGGAGUCCUGGCUCACCUGGAAGAGGAGAGAGACCUGAAGAUCACUGACACAAUCAUACGCUUCCAGAGUGCCGCCAGGGGCUUCCUAGCACGCAAAGCCUUUUUGAAGAAGCAGCAGCAGCUGAGCGCUCUGAGGGUGAUGCAGAGGAACUGUGCUGCUUACCUCAAACUCAGGAACUGGCAGUGGUGGCGGCUGUUCACUAAGGUAAAGCCCUUGCUGCAGGUGACCCGGCAGGAUGAGGAGAUCCAGGUCAGGGAGGCUGAGCUUCAGAAGGCGAAGGACAAGCUCACCCGAGUGGAGCAGGACUACACCGAUCUGGACAGGAAACACGCUCAGCUGAUGGAGGAGAAGGCAGUGCUCGCUGACCAGCUGCAGGCGGAGGCGGAGCUGUUCGCAGAGGCGGAGGAGAUGAGAGCCAGGCUGGCCAGUCGGAAACAGGAGCUGGAGGAGGUGCUGGGUGAGCUUGAGAGCCGAUUGGAGGAAGAGGAGGAGAGGGGCGUGCAGCUGACCAAUGAGAAGAAGAAGAUGCAGCAGAAUAUACAGGACCUGGAGGAGCAGUUAGAGGAGGAGGAAAGUGCCCGACAACGCCUCCUGCUGGAGAAGGUUACCUUAGAGACGAAAGUGAAAAGUCUGGAAACCGACCUGCUAAAUGCAGUGGAGCAGAGAGACCGACUUAGCAAGGAGAAGAAGCAGUUGGAGGAGCGUCUGAGUGAGGUGACAGACCAGCUCACUGAGGAGGAGGAGAAAACCAAAAGUCUGAACAAACUCAAGAACAAACAGGAGGCUGUCAUUGCUGACUUAGAGGAGCGCCUGAAGCGUGAGGAGCAGGGUCGCUUGGAGCAGGAGAAGUGGAAGAGGAGGAUGGAGAGUGAGUCGGUGGAGGCCCAGGAACAGCUGUCAGAUCUGGGCAUGCUGGCUGCCGAGCUGAGGGGCAGUCUGUCUCAGAAGGAAAAGGAGAUCACCAUCUUACAGGGCCGGUUGGAGGAAGAGGGUGCUCGUCGUGCUGAAGCUCAGAGGGCGCUGAGGGAGGCCAUGUCCCAGGUGUCUGAGCUAAAGGAGGAAGUGGAGAAUGAGCGAGGGAUGAGGGAGAGGGCAGAGAAGCAGAGGCGAGACCUGGGGGAGGAGUUGGAGGCUUUGAGAACUGAGCUGGAGGACACUCUGGACACCACAGCCGCCCAGCAGGAGUUAAGGUCUCGUCGGGAGGCAGAGUUAAGCGAGCUCCAGCGAUGUGUUGAAGAGGAGACUCGCCGCCAUGAGGCCCAGCUAUCAGAGCUGAGAGUCAAACACAGCGCUGCCAUAGACAAUCUCCAGGAACAGCUCGACAACAGCAAGAGGGCACGCCAGUCCCUGGAGAAGGCCAAGGCGGUGCUGGAGGAGGAGAGGCAGAAUUUGACAUCAGAGCUCAAGAGUCUCCAAGCGAGCCGCACAGAGAGCGAGAGAGGUCGUAAGAGGGCGGACAGUCAGCUGCAGGAGCUCAGCGCCCGUCUGACUCAGGCUGACAGAGAGAGGGAGGAGAGGGAGGAGCGAAUGCACAAGCUACAGUGUGAGAUCGAGUCUCUCUCCAACAAUUUGUCCUCCUCUGACUCCAAAUCCCUUCGGCUCUCGAAAGAGGUCAGCAGCCUGGAGAGCCAGCUGCAUGAUGCAAAGGAAUUGCUACAGGAUGAAACUCGUCAGAAGAUGGCUCUGGCCUCAAGGGUGCGAGCGUUGGAGGAGGAGAAAAAUGGACUGAUGGAGAGACUUGAGGAGGAGGAGGAAAGAGCCAAAGAGUUGACCCGGCAGAUCCAGACCCACACCCAGCAGCUGGCAGAGGUUCGUAAGCAGUCGGAGGAGGUGAACACAGCGGUGGAAGCCGGAGAGGAGACGCGCCGGAAGCUCCAGAGAGAGCUGGACAGCGCCAUCCAGAGAGAGCGCCAGAAGGAGGAGGAAAAGGAGAGAGUGGAGAGGCAGAGGGAACGUCUGAGGGAGGAGAUCGAGGACAUGACGCUGGCCCUGCAGAGGGAGAGACAGAACUGCACCGCUCUGGAGAAAAGGCAGAAGAAGUUCGACCAGUGUCUGGCAGAGGAGAAGGCGGUGAGCGCUCGGCUGGCAGAGGAGAGGGACAGAGCGGAAGCAGACAGCCGAGAGAAGGAGACGAGAUAUCUGGCGCUGUCCCGAGCCCUGCAGGAAGCCCAGGACCAGAGGGAAGAGCUAGAGAGGGCCAACAAGCAGCUCCGUGUGGAAAUGGAGCAGCUUGUAAACCAGCAGGACGACGUCGGCAAGAACGUUCAUGAGCUGGAGCGAACCCGGAGGAGCUUAGAAACAGAAGUCCAGAACCUGCGCGUUCAGACGCAGGAGCUGGAGGAGGAGCUGGGGGAGGCGGAGAAUUCAAGGCUGAGGCUGGAGGUCACCCUGCAGGCGCUCAAGGCUCAGUUCGAGAGGGAGAUCAGCACCAGUGAGGAGAAGGGAGAGGAGAAGAGGAGGGCGCUCAGCAAACAGGUGAGGGAGUUGGAGAUCCAGCUGGAGGAGGAGAGGAGUCAGCGAUCUCAGUCUGUGUCCUCCAAGAAGCAGCUGGAAGCAGAGCUGCAGGAGGCCGAGGCCCAGGUGGAGACAGUCACCCGUGGCAAAGAGGAGGCCAUGAAGCAGCUACGGAGGCUGCAGGGUCAAAUGAAAGAAAUUCUUCGCGAGCUGGAUGAGACCAAGUUGACUCGGGACGAGGUGAUCGCACAGUCGAAAGACAGCGAAAAGAAAAUCCAAACCCUGGAGGCAGAAGUCCUGCAACUCACUGAGGAGCUGGCUGUGUCAGAGAGACAGAAGAGACAGGCUCAGCAGGAAAGAGAUGAGAUCGCUGAUGAGAUGGUCAACAGCAGUUCUGGAAAAACUGCAUUAAGUGAAGAGAAGCGAAGGUUGGAAGCUCGGGUCAGUCAGCUGGAAGAGGAGCUGGAGGAGGAGCAGACUAACUCUGAACUUCUUGCAGAGAGACAAAGGAAGACAGCUCUGCAGGUGGAGACUCUGACCGUGCAGCUGCAGGGAGAGAGGACUUUGGCCCAGAAGGCGGAGGCAGCUCGGGAGCAGCUGGAGAGGCAGAACAAGGAGCUGAAGACCCGGCUUGGGGAGAUGGAAGGAGCCGUGAGGGGCAAACACAGGCUCAGUGUCGCUGCCCUGGAGGCCAAGAUAGAGUCGAUGGAGGAGCAGCUGGAACAGGAGAGACAGGAACGAGCGAUUGCCAACAAACUGGUGCGAAAGACAGAGAAGAAACUGAAGGAGGUGAUGAUGCAGGCAGAGGAUGAGAGGAGACACGCAGACCAGUACAGAGAACAGCUGGAUAAGUCGAUGGUCCGACUGAAGCAGCUGAAGAGGCAGCUGGAGGAGGUGGAGGAGGAGAACUCUCGCUCCAACGCCCAGAAGAGGAAGCUUCAGAGGGAGCUGGAGGAGCUCACCGACAGCAGUCAGACCAUGACACGAGAGAUCACCUCCCUCCGCAGCCAGCUCAGCGUCCCUGAAUGGAGAACAGAUAAGCGUGCUCCUUUGCCCCUGGCGAUGCGUGGUCGCAGAGCGUUGGUCGAUGACCUCUCGUUGGAGAACUCUGACUCGGAAGAGCCCCCGGCCUCUCCGACUCCCUCCUCUGGGCUCCCGGGAACCCCGACUCCCUCCUCUGAACACAGUCUGGAUCCUCCUCCACCCUACAGCGUCAACAACACAGAAUGAUGCACACACAGGCUCAGUUACACACAAAGCAUACACACACACACACAUACACACACACACACACACACACACACAUGCAUGCAUCGGCCUCUCACAGCCUGGACUGCUCAGGGGUGAAGGAGCGACAUGCGCUCACUAAUACUGUAGUUUAUAAAAGUUAACGAACAAAGUCAUAUAGGAUGCAAACAUCAGGCGCUAUAACUAUGAAACAACCUCUGAUAUAUUGAUGCUCUUUAAGAUUUUGCCUCAUUUUUUCUGAACAAGUACAGAAAUCAUGUAAAAAUGAAAUUUUGCAAAGAGGCAACCGGAAUUGAUUUCUAUUUUGUAACAAACUGUGACGUAAAAAAAAUCAACAUAACAUGGACUGGGAAUUUCUACAUUACUCUGAAUUACAUCUUUGUAAUGCACUUCUGAGAAACUAAACUACAUCUCCCAGAGUUCCAAGGGGAAGGUGAAUUAUUACCAACUAAUUUCAUGAUGCUGUACAGUACUUAGAGAGCAGAAAACAUUAUGAUGGUCUUGUCUUUUACAUUGGGAGGUAUUUCAAAACUAAGCCAUGUUUAACCCUUUGAUGAGGAUUGAGUAAAUGUACAAUCUGAUUUCACAAAGGGCUGCUGGAGGGUGAAAUUACUUCUGAGAGGUGUUAAGACAAUCUAUAUUAAUGAUACACGAAAUAGCCAACAAUAGAAAUCAAAUACAGACAUGGAAAAGAGAAUUUCACCUUCUUUACGAGCUUGUGUUUCGUGCAAAUGGGAUUUCUGACAUCUUCUUAUGUCAGUUAACCUCAAAAAAACACAGAUGAAAGUUGGAAUAAUCUGGAAAACAGAAAAAACAGUGAAGGACAAAUAACAAUAUUUAAUCAAACUCGUGUUAAAAUGAUUGAUUAGAAACUGGGAAGCAUUACACUAAGUUCCGUAACAUAUUGAUCUCAUUUUCAUGUCAUGCUGGUCACAAUUUUAGUAUAUUUGGUCAUAAAGAUCAGCUGACAUGCAGUCACACUCGCUGCAGGUUAUACUGAAUGAUAAAUCCUUUUUCUAUAGAUUAGGAACAGUAUGUUGUUAGACAAUGCAGUAGGUAGUAUUAGAUAGUUUCUUUAACUAAAGUCUUAACGUGUUGCUUCAGAAAUUUGGAUUUGUAUAAUUUAUAUGAAAUACAAACUUAAGUUAUUGAUUGCUGGUUGUUUUCUGUACGACUCCGUCUCGUGGGGGGAAGAAGCAUGUUAGUCUGAUUAUUUCUGCUCCUGCUGACAACUGAUGUCAGCCUGGACUGGAUUACAAUGAUGGACAGCUUAGACUUGUUUCAGUCAGCGUUACAGAAUCAGGUCUUUUUGCAUGAGAGACCUUUUCUGGUUUAAGUCAUUGCUGGUGUAGAAAACAACAACAAACUUUUGGAUUGUCUGCCACAGCAACAUACAGUAACUACUACUGUAUCAAUUUAUCUUUUUAUCCAAAGCAAAACAAAUUGUGAUGAUGGAUCUUUUUUCUUGUCUUGUUUUAGACUGAUAAACACAUCACAUUUUAUUUUGACAAGCAUCUUGUACAUUGUAAUUUUGAUUUUUACUGAUUAACUGUGUAAAUUAUCAAUCAAACAAAGCUUUUGUGUUUAACCAAAUGGUGGGCGUAUGGAUGAGAAAAAGGGACUUAAAUUUGUAGUAAACGUAGGAUAGCUGUAGAGUAGAUGACGAGUAGAGGCUGGUUAGGUGUUCUACUAUCAUCCAGUGACUCUGUUGGAUGAUGUCUUCAGUAGAAUAAACUCAGUCUCUACUCACAGUUCCUGUUUAGAACAUUGUAGAAUAACUGAGCACGAGACUAAGCAUUUUCAGAUACUAGUAGUAUUAGAUAAGAAAUGACAAUGGAGGCACUGAGGAAUGAAUUUUUAUGAAGCAAGCGGCAAGUAGAACAAAAAGUAGAUUUUUUUUUUUUUUUACCCUAGCUGUCAAAACUCAAAAUGACAUGCACGUGUGUUUGUGUAACCAAACACAUGCAGUUUGAUUACGACCCUGCUGUGAAACAGGCAGUAUUUUUGUGAAACCUGGUUUUAAAGACAUUUUCCUUUUAAGUGAAACAUCUCCAUUUCAUCAUUUAAUAGAUGAUGGUCAUUUUUAUUUAUUUUAGUUUUGUUUAAGACCUUCCUCAGCACCUGUUUGCCUGUCACAGCUUUAAGGCUGUCCGGGAUGUUAAUGCGAUGUCUAGUUUUUGACACAAAGAGAAAUGGUUUAAAGGAAUAGUUUGACAUUGGGAAAUUUAUGUACUUGCUGAGUGUUAGAUGAGAAGAUUGAUACUACUUUAAUGUCUGUGUGGUAAAUGGUAUAGCUUAGCUUAGCCUAGCAUAAAGACUGUAAACAGUGGGAAACAGCUAGCCUGCCAGCCAAGCGUAUUCCUAAAAUGCUAAACUAUUCCUUUAAUGAACUGACACAUGCUGCUUAAGUUAGAAAGAAUGUCACUGGAUUUUUUCAAUUGGAACUAAAAGAUAAAGAUUGUGUUGCUAAAAUCACAAAGGAAUUGUUCUGAAUGUUGUUUUUCUGGAUUUAUGUCCACACUGUAUGGACAUAAAUGGUUAAUGAUCCAGUGGGUGUUUACCGUUGAUUACACACAAGACCAGUACAGUAGUUUUCGGUAAUCAGGGUUGUCAUUACUGCCCCCUUUUCUUCCAUCUGUUUACGUUUAUAUUGCACUGACAAAACAAGACCAACAAGCGUGUACAGUACUCAACAGGCCUGAAGUCCCAUUUGUAUUCAUAACUUCAGCUUCUUAUUCUUCUUUAUUUUUUUGGCCAUACCAGGUUCACCAUAACACAUUUAGUGACAGGUGUGGAAAGAUCAAUCAAACCAGUUGGGUCAAGACAGAGUUUGACUACUGAUGACAUAUAUUUAACACCCUAUUAAAGGGUUUUAUUUUUUAUUUUCUGUAUGUACAAUUAUUUUAUUUUAGCAAUAUGCAAAGGAUUUUUGUUUGAAGCUGUGUUUUUUAAAGAUAUUGUGUAAAUGCUGCACUUUAGCCUACACACUACCAGUGGAGACAAACACAGCCGGACACUGUCAGCACAUCACGUCUGCUUUGUCAGGUUAUGAUUUAUCACAAAGAGGCUGACAUAGCAUUAAGCCAAAUGAGCUGACAUCACGUGUCAUCACAAUACAACCUGUCACUCUGAACUAUUCACUUUGAUGUUGUGAAUUUCUUAUCAGCAUCUAAACGUGGCGACUGUGCUCACGCCUUGACAGACCAAAAUCUGAAGACAUGUGGGUUGAACUGCUGGAACGAGAACAGAUCUGUUCUGUUCACCUGUAGCAAGAGACAAGGCCGGUGCUUCUCUAAGGUGUUAUUUUUUCUCUCUGUGUUUGUUUAUGGCUACUGUGGAACUUGAAACAUUUUGGAAAUGUGUUUUAUUGUUUUAGCCUUUUUUUUUGUUAAUGAUGCUGUAAUGAUAAAACAUCUGACUGGGGUUAACUUUAAUAUAUGUCGUUGGUUUUGA